GCCUUGCACUGACGUCACUUCCUCUAAGUGAAACACGUUUCGGAGUUUUUCCUCCACAUUUUUCAUAAAAACUAUAUUAUAAUCGAUUUAUUAACCUUGCCUCGAUCACUGAUACCAUAUUAAAAAUGGCAACUGGUUGGAGAGAAGAAGAAUUCGUGGAAAGUGGUUUGCACCAUUAUGAUGCCUACACUUAUCCAACCUAUCCUAAUCUUGACUAUGAAGUUAAUGAAAUGGGACGACCCGAACCAGAGUAUCGUCCGGUGCAUUCUGUUCCCGCUCCUGUUCAGAACUUCUUGUUAUAUUUCCAAAAAGUAAUCAAGGAACAAGAUGUUUUGAAAAUUCAAUCAGCUUACAUCGAUGGCUUUAGUGAAUUUACUGAACGUUUUUACCAAUCAACACCUUGGCCUGAUGUCAGAGAUUUAUCUAAUAUCGUUGACAACGAAAUCUUUGACAUUUUGUACAAGGAGUUAUACUUUAGACAUAUUUAUGCUAAGGUUACGCCUGGACCUACUCUUGAACAGAGAAUUGAAUCGUACUACAAUUACUGUGACUUAUUUAACCUGAUGUUAGGGGCUGACGAACCUGUGUCAUUAGAGUUGCCAAACCAAUGGCUUUGGGAUAUUAUUGAUGAAUUUAUUUAUCAAUUUCAAUCUUUUAGUCAAUAUAGAUGUAAAGCCAAGAGUAAGACAGCAGAUGAAACUGAGAAACUACUUCAGAAUCAAAAAGUUUGGAACGUACACAGUGUUCUUAACGUAUUGCAUUCUCUUGUUGAUAAAUCCAAUAUUAAUCAACAAUUGGAAGUAAUGUCUAAACCAGAGAUAUGUGCUGAUUUAGACGUCGUCGCUGGAGAAUUUGGUAGACAUACUCUAUACAAGAUGUUAGGAUAUUUUUCGUUAAUUGGAUUGUUAAGAUUGCACUCUUUGCUAGGUGAUUAUUACCAAGCUUUGAAAGUUUUGGAAAAUAUAGACUUCAAUAGCAAACCACAAGGAACUUUUAUCAAGGUUCCUUCCUGUCAAAUUACUACUUUCUAUUAUAUGGCUUUCGCAUAUAUGAUGAUGAGACGAUAUCAAGAUGCUAUUAGGACUCUAUCAAAUAUUCUGCUUUACAUACAAAGAACGAAGCAAAUCUUUCAAAAUCGGCAAAUGUUGUAUGAUAAUAUAACUAAACAAUCUGAACAAAUGUCGACUUUACUCGCUGUCUGUUUAACUCUUCAUCCUAUGAGAAUUGACGAAAGUGUUCAUUCGCAAUUAAAAGAAAAGUAUGGAGAAAAAAUGUUGAAGAUGCAAAAUGGAGAUCAAUCUGAAUACGAGUCCUGUUUUGCUUUUGCGUGUCCGAAAUUCUUGUCACCGGUCAUUCCUGUCAAUUAUGAGGACAUGAAUCUGAACUAUCAUAAGGAACCCUAUCAACAGCAAUUAAGUGUAUUUAUUGAUGAAAUUCGUCAACAACAAAUGUUACCAACCAUUCGCAGCUACUUAAAAUUAUAUACAACUCUACCAUUGUCCAAGCUUGCGAAUUUCAUGAAAAUUGAAGAUCAUGAAUUGAAAAUGCAACUCAUGUGCUUUAAGCACAAAAUGAAGAAUUUGGUUUGGGUCAAAGGAACUAACAGUCUUGAAGGAGAAUUUCAAACUGCAUCCGAGAUCGAUUUUUAUAUUCAUGAAGGAAUGAUUCACAUAGCAGAUACUAAAGUAGAUAGGCGUUAUGGAAACUUUUUCAUCAGACAGAUACAUAAAUUUGACGAGGUAAUAGUAUUUAUAACAAAACUUUUCUCUGACUAAUUUUAUUGUAAUUUUCAAUUUUAGAUCAAUCGAGCUUUGAAGAAUAUUGUAACUGUGUGAAGACGUUUAUUAUGCUAUUAUAUGUUUAUGUAUUAAAGUAAAAUCUUGAAUAAAUUUUGAAUUUUUUUUCAUUCGA